CGUCUGCUCCACUUCAGUGUUGAAGCGAGUCCCCCUGUCAGCCGGAGAACACUUUGUGUUUGUGUGCGUGUGUGUUUCUGAGUGUGUGUGUGUGUGUGUGUGUACAUAUCGGUGCGUGUGGACGCUUUUGUUGAGGCGAGCCGGCUGGAUAAGUGAGCGCUCGGCUGUUAUCUGACUUGGACUUCCAUCUGUUUCUCUCCAGGACCGUGGAGUCCUCCGUCUGAGCAGCGGGACGGCUUAUUUGUUUGCUGUCAGCUGGACGCGUUUUGACACUCGCCGCUCCGACACCGUGACGGGGAGCUGAAAGGCCGUCGCGUCGCCGCCUCAUCUACCGGACCCACGUUUCGGAUUAAGGAGCUCCCCGUCGACUCUACUGUGGCUGCCCGGUGACCCCACGAUCUGCCACCGAAACCCCCCCCCCACCCCGACCUUCCGGGUCACGCCGGGCUUAAUAGAGGUGGUCUGGCCGGGCCUGAUGUGGAAUCUGACCCCGACUGGCCGCGUCCCAGAAGUAGCCUUUGACUGAGAGGGAGGAUAAAGGAGCAAGAGGGGGCCACAGGGAAGAAAAGGAGGCCGAUACGGAGAGAAGUGGGAGCCGCGGCACAGCGACCGCUCCUCCAGCAUGCCGGUGGAGACCCUGCGGCCGUCGGACGGCCGCCUGGCCGGGGGCCCCUUCCCCUCCUCCACUCCCUUCAGGAUCCUCCACAAGGGCCCCGACUACUUCCGCCGGCCGGCCGAGCCGGGCGCCCGCAAGCCGAGCGCCGUGGAGCGGCUGGAGGCCGACAAGGCCAAGUACGUGAAGAGCCAGCAGGUGGCCCUCACCCGCCAGGCCCCCAUCAAGGCGCCAGCCAUCCGCAAGCCCCUGGUUCCCCCGGGGAUGAUGCUGCAGUGCCACAUAAGCACUCCCCCCGCCCGCAAAGGCCCCCGCUGCCCGGCCGACGUGGACAACGCAGGAGGGAGGGACGGACUGGGCUGGAGGCGAGGACCCGCUCUUAACUUGGAUAUUCUGAACAAUCUUAUCAAUGAUGUAUGCGUUGGCCCGAUGCCCUGCUCCCAGUCCUCUUCCUCCACCUCCCCCUCCUCUUCGUCUCCCUCGUCGGGGGCUAAGAGCAUCGGCAGCAGCCUGUCUGCCGAGCAAGAGAGGAGCAACCGGCUGCUCAACAACCUCAAACCGCUGAAUCACUGCACCGUCAACUCGUCGUCCACCUCCUCCUGCACCUCCUCCCCACUCAACAACAACCUGCGGACCCCCGCGGCAGAGCCCACCCGCCGCCCGCCCCCCGUUCCAGCACGGGCGCCCCGCAUUGGGGCUCCAACGCCCUACAUCUCCCCCAACUCGGUGACGGUGCGCAGGGUGGACGUUCGUCCUCUGGCGGCGAUGAGGAAGCCUCAGAGGGUCCUGCUGCAGCCCCAACUCCGGCCCAGACAGACGGCCCAGGGGCAGGUCGCACACCCCCAGGGCCCGCCCCCCCCGCCGCCGCCUCCCGCCGCCUCCCAGAGCCAGCCCCUCACCCCUUCCAAAGCCCUGCCCUCCCCUCCGGUCUACCUGCCCCCCAGCCCCAUGCUGGGCCGAAGCGGCAUGAUCCCGCCGGCGUCCCCCGCGUUCACCCGCAUAUCGAACGCCAGCUCCAAGGGCUCCGGCCGCAAGCACCCGGCGCUGCACCGCUCCAAGUCGGACCUGAGCGACCGCUACUCGCGCGCCACCGCCGACCUGGAGCGCUUCUUCAACUACUGCGGGCUGGACCCGGGGGAGGUGGAGGGCAUGGGGGGAGUGGAGCCCUUCACGAGGGCCAACUCGGACAUCGUGUCCCUCUCCUAGCUCCGCAUCGUCAGCACGCCCAGCUCCGAGUGUCGGGGACAAAGAAGACGAUGCGGCGGCGGCGGCGUCUGGCCGCGGGCCGUCGGGCAGGAAGACGACGGGGCGGCCCGCGCCAACGAACGGGUCCCGUACGGCAUCUCCGUCAUCGAGAGGAACGCUCGCGUCAUCAAGUGGCUGUACGGCAUCCGACAGGCACGGGACACAAACAGCGGCGUGUCGAACGUGUAGACUGACCACGGCCUCUGGCCACACCUUCGGCUGCCUUAUGUCACGUUUAAGGAACUCUUUAGUUUUCCCGUGGAGACGCUGGAAGUUACACAUCAGUGAUUGUUUUUGGGGGUCAGGACUAAACGGACAAUACGUCCCCUUUUCUUCACUCGAUCCUGUGUAACAUUGGUAUACGAAAGCAAUAAUAGACGUGAUCGGUGUAAAUGAUGAGUGUGAGGACGAAGGCGGAGGGACGUUUUGUUUGUUGUUCCUCAUGUUUAGGUACUUUGUGUGUGUGUGUGUGUGUGCGCGCUUGGAGGAAGAGAACCACGUUGAUACUGUGAAACUUCAUAUAAAAAAAAAAAGCUUCCAUAAACACAUUUGUAUUUAAAAAGAACGACUUUGGGCUGUAAGACUGUUAUUAUAUGAAUCUGUCAGCAUGCGAGUGAAACAUUUUGUACACAUUCAUUUUAUGGUUUUCGUCGGGCGGACGAAGCGCACACUUUGCUAUCACGCAGACAAUCACUUCAGCUGGCGUGUGUGUGUGUGUGUGUGUGUGUGUGUGUGUGUGUGUGUGUGUGUGUGUGUGUGUGUGUGUGUGUGUGUGUGUGUGUGUGUGUGUGUGUGUGUGUGUGUGUGUGUGUGUGAGAGAGAGACGUGGUCUCACGGCCCACAUAGUAGUAGCGGAAAUGUCUCAGCAUGCAAUGUGAGGAUGGUUUGGAAGUGCAGGGAAAAGAGCAGAAGAAAAGGACAAAGAUCUCUAUUGCGGUGCCGAAAGUGUCUCAGGAAGAUGCACUUGCCAAACUCACACAAAUAUAUGGACCAAUAUUUAUUUGGAAAAUUUUAACUUAAUGUAUUUUUAAUAUUGAACAACUUGAUGUACAGAAUUCAAUCUCCGAUCCGAAGUGCAAUCCGAUCACAUCUACCGCAAUUCUAGUGUAGGGACAUUUAAAAAAAAAAACUACACAUGCAGAUCGAGGAGCAGGUCACAUGACACGCGACCGCCAUCACGUACUUGUUCCACUUCCUGUUGGUGAAAGUGGGAGCGAGGGAGGAAGUCCCUCCUGUGCCAGUUCUCCGCCCUCUGCAUCUACUUCCCCCUUUUAACGUCUCAGCACAUUGAGUGUGAGCGUCCUCCUCGUACCGGUGCCGCUCACGGGCGCACAGGGAGGGCGCCCAGAGGGCCGGCCGGGGAACGAAGGCUGCCGUCGAAAUCCGGCACCGGAUUCCCAAAGAAUCUUCAAGUGAGCGAUCCCAAAUGCUUUACAGUGGUGUGUUUCUAAACCAUGAAUAAAAACAAAACAAUUGUUAAA